AUGGCCACCGCCGAGACCAUUCCUAAAAGUACUGUACAAGCGCAGGAGCAAUGCUACACGCGCAAAGACUUCGUCAAAGCAUGGUCCUUUCCACUGCAGCCGUUGCAUGACUUCAAACUCAAUGGUGAACCAGCGCAGUACGCCCCUGGUUAUCCAAAAGUGCCGGGAGAUGAGAAAGUGACCAUUGACUCGGAAGACGCGAUCGAGAGUGAACAUCAAGAACACUUAUGGGAAAGCCCCACCGCUGCUAUCAGCCCAGACAAAAAACUGCUCGCCGUAACGUCGAAUCACGAGCGUAUCCUCGUCUACGAUUUGGAGUCGCAACAAUUGCGCCAGGUCCUCGAUGGCGCAGGCGACGUCGUCUUCUGUCCUCCUAUACAAUCGGACGAGAAAGCGACCGAAGGAAGAUUAGCUGAAUCCUCGACGAAACCUGCCUAUAUUUGUCUGCAGCACGCCAGACAAAGACAGUAA